GUCAGUGUUUCCAGAUGUUCUAAUGGACCCUGCUGGCAGCCUGCAGGUGCUGUAACUAAUAAAGGCUAAAGUCUCUCUGCUUACAGUGGCUUUUCAGAAGAUCAGACCUAGUACUGGACUGUGACUACAACAAAUGACGUUUAACGUUUACUUUGAUGCAGUCUGGUUUCACUCCUGGAGCGGCAUGUCAGCGGAUCACCGCGGCAGCAGGGAGACGCCGUGAUUAGAAAAAUCCCUUAUUUAAACCAGCAGCUCGGUUCUCCAGUUAGAAAAUGAUGGACUCGGCACCAGCCAUGCUGCUCCUGCUGGGCGGUCUUAGCGUCUCUAUGGUGGCUGUUGGAGAAGCGGACGCGACUUUCACUCAUCCAGAGGAUGCAGUCGAUUACAAGGAUCCAUGCAAAGCUGCUGCCUUUUUGGGAGACAUUGCUCUGGACGAAGAAGAUCUCCGCAUUUUCAAAGACAGCCAAAGCGGUGAUAAAGUACAACAUGCUAACCAUACAAACUCAGCCAGUAAUUCCUCUUCUAAUAAAGGAGCUGCAGACAGCCCGGGUUCACACCGGCAGAAGAGAGCAGCCACCGCCAGGUCUGAGCGAGUGUGGCCGGACGGCAUCAUCCCGUAUGUGAUCAGCAGGAAUUUCAGUGGCAGUCAGCGCGCCAUAUUUCGUCAAGCAAUGAGUCACUGGGAGAAACAUACCUGUGUGAUAUUCACAGAGAGGACGACUGAAGAGAGCUACAUUUUAUUUGCCUACAGGCCUUGUGGAUGCUGCUCCUAUGUGGGGAGAAGAGGUGGUGGACCUCAGGCUAUCUCCAUCGGGAAGAACUGUGAUAAGUUUGGCAUCGUGGUUCAUGAAAUCGGCCACGUGAUCGGCUUCUGGCACGAACACACACGUCCUGACCGUGACGAGCACGUAAGCAUCGUCAGAGACAACAUUCAGCCAGGACAAGAGUAUAACUUUAUGAAGAUGGAACCUGACGAGGUGGACUCUCUGGGAGAGGUCUACGACUUUGGCAGCAUCAUGCAUUAUGCAAGGACCACGUUUUCCAGAAGCAUUUUCUUGGACACAAUCUUGCCUCGUUAUGAUGUCAACGGCGUUCGACCAUCCAUUGGACAGAGGACAAGGCUUAGCAAAGGGGACAUCGCUCAAGCACGCAAACUCUACAAAUGUGCAAGAUGUGGGGAAAGCCUACAGGAAAGUGCUGGAAAUCUUUCUUCUCCUAGUUUUCCAAAUGGAUAUUCAGCUUACACUCACUGUGUUUGGACGAUUUCUGUCACACCAGGAGAAAAGCCCCUCUCCUCUGUGUCCCAGAUUAUCCUUAAUUUCACUUCCAUGGAUCUCUACAGAAGUCAUCUCUGCUGGUACGACAACAUAGAAGUUCGAGACGGGUUCUGGAGAAAAGCUCCUCUGAAAGGUCGUUUUUGUGGGGACACAAUUCCAGAUCCAAUCAUCUCCACCGACAGUCGCCUUUGGAUUGAAUAUAGAAGCAGCAGCAGUUGGGUGGGGAAAGGCUUUUCAGCUUCUUAUGAAGCCAUCUGUGGUGGGGAGUUGAAGCAGGACAGCGGCCAGAUCAAGUCCCCCAAUUAUCCUGAUGACUACCAGUCCAACAAAAUGUGCGUGUGGAAGAUCACGGUAGCAGAAGGUUUUCAAGUCAGCCUCACCUUUCAAUCGUUUGAGAUUGAGAAACACAACGCCUGCACCUACGACUAUGUGGAAGUGAGGGAUGGCAGUUCUGAAAGUAGCCCGCUACUCGGCCGGUUCUGCGGCUACGACAAACCGGAGAACCUUCAGAGCAGCUCCAACCAGCUCUGGCUGAAGUUUGCAUCUGACAACUUAGUGAACAAGGCAGGGUUUGCUGCAAGCUUUUUAAAAGAGAUGGAUGAGUGCUCCAGACCUGACAAUGGGCACUGCCAGCAGCGCUGCAUGAACACAUUGGGCAGCUACAGAUGUGCCUGCGACCCUGGGUAUGAGCUGGCAACAGACAGACGCAGCUGUGAGGCAGCUGCCUGCGGCGGCUUCAUCACCAGCCUGAAUGGCUCCUUCACCACCCCAGGCUGGCCCAAAGAGUACCCCCACAACAAGAACUGUGUGUGGCAGCUGGUGGCCCCCAUCCAGUACAGAAUCACCCUGGUCUUUGAUGGCUUUGAGAUAGAAGGCAAUGACGUGUGUAAGUAUGAUUACGUUGAAGUGCGCAGUGGGUUGAACUCCGACUCCAAGAGCCACGGGAGGUUCUGUGGUGCAGAGAAACCUGACGUUAUCACCUCACUUCAGAACAACCUGAGGAUUGAGUUCAAAUCGGACAACACCAUGUCCAAGAGGGGCUUCAAGGCCCACUUCUUCUCUGAUAUAGACGAGUGCUCCAAAGGGAACGGAGGUUGCCAGCACGAAUGUUUGAACACCUUUGGGAGCUACAGAUGUCAGUGCCGCAGUGGGUUUAUGCUGCAUGAUAAUCAGCAUGACUGCAAGGAAGCUGGGUGUGAUCACUCUGUAAACAGCGUAUCUGGCGCAAUCAGCAGUCCCAACUGGCCCGAUAAGUAUCCCAGCAAGAAGGCCUGCAUCUGGUCUCUGUCCACGACACCGGGCCAUCGGAUCAAACUUAUUUUUAAUGAGGUUGACAUGGAGGCUCAUCUAGAGUGUGCCUACGACCAUCUGGAGAUCUUUGAUGGCAGAGACGUCCGUGCCCCCAUGUUGGGCCGCUUUUGUGGCACCAAAAAGCCCGCUCCAGUUAUAUCCAGCAGCAACAAAAUGUUUCUACAUUUUUUCUCUGACAACUCAGUGCAAAAGAGAGGCUUUGAGGCUUCAUACAGAGCAGAAUGUGGAGGAGACCUUAGUGCCGAGGUCAAGACAAAAGAUCUCUACUCUCAUGCACAGUUUGGAGAUAACAACUACCCUGGAGACUUUGACUGUCUGUGGGUGCUCACCGCUGAGAAGGGUUACGGAGUAGAGAUUAUCUUCCAAGUGUUCGAGAUUGAGGAGGAGGCAGACUGUGGCUACGAUUAUUUGGAGCUGUAUGAUGGCGCUGACAUCAAGUCUCCAAGACUGGGACGAUACUGUGGAUCAGGGGUAAGGUCUCUAAUAAUGCUCUUACAGCUGCACAGCAGCCUAAGCACCUUAAAAAUGACACGUUUGUGUUUCUCUGUUCCCUCAGAUUCCAGAGGACGUGCACUCAGCCGGAGACGCCAUCGUUUUGAAGUUCCACUCAGACGACAGCAUCAAUAAAAAAGGCUUCCACGCACGCUACACCAGCACAAAGUUCCAGGACACGUUACACACAAGCAGCUAGGCCUAAUCACAGAUUCCCAGCUCAGUCACACCCAAUUGAGUAAAUGCUUGGCUUGAUACCAGAAACACCACCCCACAUAAUUUGCAUCUGUCAGAUUAAUUGAAACCAUACAGAAAUUUCUUUCUGUCUCCAUUCCCAGAGCUGUUUAGGUUCAGAAGAAAUGAGGGAAUUAUUAAAGUAGAUUCGGUCACCUCACUAGAAAACACACUGGAUUAAGAUAUAAAAUGUAUAUAUUGAAACAUAAUUUGCUGUGAGUCAUCUGAGGGCAGAAAGAGACAUCAUCUUUAAAGAAUAUCAUGUAAUUUUAAGGAUUUGCGAAGACUGAAGGAAGAAUUAAACCGCCUUCUUGAUUUUA